AGUCUCUCCACAAGAACAUCAUUGUAGAGAACUGCAGAAAUCAGAGAGAAAAAAAAAAGAGAAAGAACACCAAAAGAAAAGAAAAUGAAAAUUUCUCUACCCAUUAUUAAGCUUCUGAUCAUGGCGAUAGCAUUGUCAUGCAGGAUUCAGACAAAAGUCGAGAGCUUGAGGUUCAACUUCCCUCUCUUCAACGAAACCAACGAAUCAGAUUUGAUCAAACACGGCUCGUACGUUGUCCUAAACGCGAUCCAAGUGACUCCAGAUGUUCGCGGAGGUCCUCUAACGAACCACUCAGGUCGUGCCCUUUACAAGAAGCGUUUCAGGCUGUGGACCAAAGACAAGAACGCCACCUUCGACACCACCUUUCUCAUCAACGUCUCGAACCAGACUGACCCAGGAGGUGAAGGCCUGGCCUUUGUUCUCACGGCCGACACGCCUCCUCCUGCAGACAGCCAUGGCCAGUGGCUCGGUUUAGUCAACGGCAGUACGAACGGGUCAGCGAGUUCCAAGAUUGUGGCUGUUGAGCUCGACACGAGGAAGAGCUUUCCUGAAGAUCUUGACAGCAACCAUGUCGGCCUCAAUGUGAACAGCAUCAGCUCUGUCGUUCAAGAAUCUUUAACUGGCCACGGAAUCAGGAUCUCGGCGGGAUCUAGUCUCGCUGUUCAUAUUCGGUACGAUGGUAAGAAUCUAUCUGUUUAUGUCUCCACGGAUAAGAAGGCAGACCCAUUACAGGAUCCGAGGAACUUGGUGUUUUCUCACGCCAUAGAUCUCUCUGCAUAUCUUCCUGAGAAGGUUUAUGUUGGGUUCUCGGCAUCAACAGGGAACGAAACCGAGCUGAACUGCGUACAAUCAUGGAGGUUCGAGGGUUUGGAUAUCGGCGGAGAUUCAAAGCUGCUAUGGCUCUGGAUCACUAUCCCGAUUGCUUCUGUUGUUUUGGCUGGAAUGCUCUUUGGAUCGGUCCGGUAUUUGAGGUCAAGAUCAAAGGAAGGAGAGGAAAACCCGUCGGAUAUAGAAGCAGAGAUCGAUCAUUGCGCUAUAAACCCGAGGAAAUUCAAGCUGAGAGAAUUGAAGAAAGCCACAAACCACUUCAGCCCUCAGAACAAGCUAGGGCAAGGAGGGUUCGGGAUGGUGUUUAAGGGAAGUUGGAAGAACCGAGACAUAGCGGUGAAAAGGGUUUCCGAGAAAUCGCAUCAAGGAAAGCAAGAGUUCAUAUCCGAAAUCAAAACGAUCGGAAAUCUAAACCACAAGAACCUGGUCAAGUUACUCGGAUGGUGCUACGAGAAGAAAGAGUUCCUACUUGUUUACGAGUUCAUGCCGAAAGGAAGCUUAGACAGGUACCUUUUCUUGGAAGACAGGACGACGAAACGAGGGUCGUCGACUCUCGGGUGGGAGUCGAGGAUGAACAUCGUAAGAGGGUUAUCUCACGCACUGGAAUACCUUCACAACGGAUGCGACAAUAGGAUACUUCACAGAGACAUAAAGGCGAGCAAUGUGAUGCUGGACUCGGAUUUCAACCCUAAACUCGGAGAUUUCGGGCUUGCAAGAGCGAUCCAACAGAGCGAAAUGACGCAUCAUUCGACGAAAGAGAUAGCUGGAACACCGGGAUACAUGGCUCCCGAGACUUUCCUUAACGGGAGAGCGACAGUCGAAACAGACGUAUAUGCAUUCGGAGUCCUGAUGCUCGAGGUUGUCUCGGGGAAGAAACCUACUCAUUUCUCCAAAGAACAGAACUAUAACAACAGUAUCGUGAACUGGUUAUGGGAAUUAUACCGAAAAGGGACGAUCUUUGAAUCUGCAGACCCGAGAUUGGAGGGCGAUUUCGAGGAGGAAGAGAUGAAGAGUGUGUUGCUGUUAGGGUUGGCCUGUUGUCAUCCUGAUCCAAACAAGAGACCCUCCAUGAGAACAGUCUUGAAGGUUUUGACAGGUGAAAUGCAUCCACCAGAUGUGCCGAAAGAGAGACCGGCCUUCGUCUGGCCGACAAUGCCGCCGUCUUUCAGCGACUUGGAUUACUCUCUUACCGGAAGCCAGAUCAAUUCGCUCACUGAGAUCACUGGAAGAUAGGCAUGAAGAAA